AUGGGAAAGUCUUCCAAGGACAAACGCGAUGCAUACUACCGGCUCGCGAAAGAACAGAAUUGGCGAGCUCGGUCCGCCUUCAAAUUGAUUCAGAUCGACGAACAAUUCGAUCUCUUCGAGCAUGAGAAUCCCGAAAAAGUCACAAGAGUCGUGGACCUGUGCGCUGCGCCUGGAAGCUGGAGUCAAGUACUUAGUCGCGUCCUGAUCAAGGGCGAGAGUUUCGGCCGACGGACCUGGAUCGACAAAAAGCAACGAGACAAACAGGCCCUGCAGGACGGCGAGACUCCCAGCGAAGCUCCCACUCAAAUCGGAGAAAGCCACCCAGACGCAGAACUAAAGCCACGCGAGAAUGUCAAAAUCGUUUCAAUUGACUUACAACCCAUGGCCCCGCUCGAAGGCAUAACCACCCUCAAAGCCGAUAUCACACACCCUUCCACCAUUCCUCUUCUUUUGCGCGCAUUGGAUCCGGAGGCCUACGAACCGUCAACAUCAGAUUCUACAUCACAACCUCCCGCCGAGCUCCGACAAUCACAUCCCGUCGAUCUCGUCAUUUCAGAUGGUGCUCCGGAUGUAACAGGUCUGCACGAUCUGGACAUCUAUAUCCAGUCGCAAUUACUCUUUGCGGCGCUUAACCUCGCCAUGGGCGUUCUCCGCCCUGGCGGCAAGUUCGUGGCCAAAAUAUUCCGCGGCCGUGAUGUUGAUCUUCUCUAUGCACAGUUGCGCACUGUUUUCGAGCGCGUCAGUGUUGCUAAACCCCGAAGCAGCCGUGCUAGCAGUCUAGAGGCUUUCAUUGUCUGCGAGGGAUUCAUUCCUCCGACAAGGGAGGAAGGAUUAGUAGGCAUGGCGGCUUUGAAGAAUCCUCUAUUCGGAGGUGCUGCGGUCCCGAAACCUGUUUCAGAGGAUGGAAAUGUAGGUGUUGAAGUACAGGACGAGUUGGAUGAAGACUCCCGCGCCAGAGCAGCAGUGACGCGGACCACCAACGCGAUUGGAACCCACACUACGGAAAUUCGACAUAUUCAACCCGUCCCGAGUGGUCAACCACCGGCGCCGAAGCUUGCCAACAAGUUCGCGGAAGAGAACCGGUGGAUCCCUUCGUUCAUCGCUUGUGGUGAUCUCUCUUCGUGGGACUCUGAUGCUUCUUAUACUCUUCCUCCGGGCCAUGUUAGUCUUGAUCCGGUGCAACCACCUACUGCCCCGCCGUAUCGGAGGGCUCUGGAAUUGCGGAAGGAGAAGGGAGGUGCAUAUGGAAAGACCAAGCUUGUCCCAUUGACUAAGGCUUGA